GAUAGCUUUAAUUUGUCAUGUGGAAGGGUGUUAGUUGAUUUAUAUAAUACAAAUAAAUUAUGAAAAAAAAGUUAUAAUAUUUAUUAAAAAUGAUUAGAAUUAAAUAUAUUUAUACAAAUAUCAAGGUUAGUUCACGUAGUAUUGCAUCAUUUACCAAUGAGGACAUAUUAAAUCCACAAAACAAGAGACGAUGUAUUAAACGAUUCACUGCGAUACGAUUGCAAAAGAAAACACUGCACUUACCGACACAAAAACGCCAUGCUGCUGUAUUAGUUCCAUUAUGUUACGUAAAUAAUGAAUUGGCGCUACUGUACACACUACGAGCAGCCGAUUUAAAAUCGCAUCGUGGACAAAUUAGUUUUCCUGGCGGUAUACAAGAUUAUGGGGAUAAAACAUUUAUAGAUACAGCGUUACGUGAAACAAAUGAAGAAUUGGGAAUACCAAAGGACGAAGUUGAAAUAUGGUGUCAAUCUAAAACAAUUGACACUCCAUCAAAAACUAGUGUUACACCCGUUGUAGGUUUAAUUAAAAAUCCAAAUAUUUCAGAACUUAUUGUUAAAAAUCCCAAAGAAGUGGAGGAUUUUUUCUUUGUGCCUUUAACCACUUUAUGUAAACCAGAAAAUUGUAGGUAUACACAAUUUAGACGAAAUUAUUCAACUCCUGCGUUUCUGGGAGCACCGAGAAGAAUAUGGGGUUUAACUGCGAUAAUUACACAUUUAUUUUUGUUAUCAUUAAUGCCUAAAGAUUGUUAUCAACAUGUUAUCAAAUUUACGCCCACUAUAGAAUUUACGUAUGAAAAAAAGAAAAACUGA